ACACAUAUGAGCUCGUGAUUGGCUGUUAGUAGGUACAUUAAUGUGCCCUUUUUAGUUUUAAAACGGUCUAAGUAUGUGCAGAAUAUUGACGAUGCGGUUUCGUUUAUGAAAAUAGUUUUGUAAUUUUAUAGAGGAUGAUCAAAUAUAAGAGUGUUUAGCGUACCGAAACUCCUUUAUAAUGCUAUCGCGAUUAAUCAGACAAAUUUUGUUUGUCCUUCUGCAUUUAGUUGUGAGUGUACUUGUUGCUAUUCAAAAUGUUUAUCACCGGUUCUGUGUUAAAAUGUCCAAUUUACCCAAAAAUCAGACUGUGAACAAUGAAGUGAUGACUGUAUUGGGGCAUGUGCCUUUAAUAACGAAGGAGCUAAAGCAUUUAGUAGUAUUGGUCGAUACUGAUCAUCAUACCCUCUCGGACCUGGCUCGUGUUGUUAUCUGGAGUCUCGUCUUUGGGAUAUCUUGUAUCAGUUUUCAUGAUAUAACAGGCAAAUUGCGGAAAGAUGAAGAAAAUUUAUUUGUUGAAGUUGAAAAGCAGAAGAAAGGUAUACCAGGUUGCAUAAAAUGGUUUGAUAAGCCUAAUUUAAAUGGGUAUACAAAUGGUAUUCAAGCAAAUACAAUUUCUGUGAAUAUAUUAUCUUACAAUGAUGGGAGACCAAAAAUUACAAAGUGCUUGCAACAAAUAUCUCAAGAUAAUACUUUGUGUAUUAGAAGCUCUGAUGAGUUUACUUCACAAGAGUUAGACCGGACAUUAAAAACCAUAUAUCCUUCAAUUCCUGAUCCAAACUUGGUCCUCUAUUCGGGCCCUUUAUGUUGUACAUAUGGUCUUUUACCAUGGCAUAUAAGAUUAACGGAAUUUAUACAAAUUUCAAUUGACCAUAGCAUAAAUGUGAAUAACUACUUAGGUGCUUUGUAUAAGUAUAAUAAAUGUGAUCUUAGAUUUGGUAAAUAAUGUAAAUGGUAGCAGGCCUACAAUUUAGUUUUAACUAUUUAUUGUGCUUGAGAUGUUAUACAGUGCAAUGUGAGUCGAUAACUAGUGUCAAGUAAACAAUGUAUAUUGAAACUUCAAUGUCUUUAGAAAGUGUACUUCCAUAGUGAAUAUAUUUCGAAACUAUA